GUGUUUCCCCCUCCCCCACAUCUCUCCAGGCGGGCGGGCUGAUGAUUGAUGGCGGAACUGACCAAUGAAGGCGGGGAUGAUGGCGCCCUGUGACGUCAUAAAGGAAGCGGACCAAUAGUGUGUGGGAGGAGGUGGGCUCAGAUGUCGUUAGUGGGAAGGCGGGAGGGGUGUGUUUGUGGUGCAGGAUGGAGAGAGGAGAGGGCGCCAAGUUCAAGAAAGAGUUGGUCAGUAAACUACUGUACUUCUAUUUUAAGGAUCAGAAAACCAAAGUCAGCAGUGAUGCUGUCAUCAUUAUGUCUGAAAUGCUGAAAAUAUUUGUUAUAGAGGCAGCAGCACGAACUGCCAGACAGGCAUCUAAUGAAGAUUCUAGGACAGCAGACCUUGACCAUUUUGAGAAGGUUUUGCCCCAACUGGUAUGUAACAAUAGUUACUUUAUUUACCCUGCCGAGAAAGUUAAGAAAAAUUUGGUUUAA